AUGGAUACCGAGGACAAUAACCUGCGCGACUGGGUUGACCACGGCAUGUGGACUGGGAAGGGCAACUUGGAGGACAAGAGGCUGGAUGGAAGCGUGGAAGAGAAGCGCCUCGAGCCCCCGUACUGGCGGCUCGGAGGCAGAAUGGCGCACCUGGUAUUCAGUGGCAUGUGGAUUGGCAAGCGAAUCUCCAACCCAGCUUUCAAGGCCUUCAGGCAGGCUGGGACGGUCACUGUAUUCGUCAACUUUGAUACGCUGAUCAUCGCAGUGGUGCUUGUCCAUCUUUUCACCCAGGCGUUCCUUUGA